AUGCAGCUGCCUCCUCCGUACGGCGACGAAAAAACGGGCCAGCCCAUGAAGAUAUUCCCGCGCAAUAAGGUCCGAACAUCGAAAUACACCAUGUUUUCGUUCCUGCCCAAGAAUCUGUUUGAGCAGUUCCGCAGCGUCGCCAACUUUUAUUUCAUCAGCCUCGUCAUUCUGCAAAUGUUUGGACCCUUCAUGAACGUCUCGCCCGUCUUGACUGCGGCGCCGAUUGCCUUCAUCAUCGCCGUCACGGCAGUAAAGGACGGCCUUGAAGAUGUCAAACGCCACCGAGCCGACAACAGCGUCAACAAGGCCAAGACAUACAAGCUUCACAACUGGGCCAACCACAACAUUCACAAGAAAUACCAGCACACUGUCCACCGCAGCGCGCGCCAGGAGAGUCACUAUCCGCCCUUUAUCGCCAGGAACGAGGACAGCGACAAUCCGAAUGCGCUUCCUCCCGACUUCAAGCCGGGCCAAGACCAGCACUGCUGGAGGCUUUGUCACUGGGAAGACAUCAACGUCGGUGAUUUUAUAUUCCUGCGCAACAACGACUCUAUUCCGGCCGACCUGGUCAUUCUCGCCACCAGCGAAGACAACGGCAUCUGCUAUGUCGAGACAAAGAACCUGGACGGCGAAACCAACCUCAAGGUGCGAUUUGCCCUGCCCGACUUCAAUUCGAUCCGAGCCCCGAGCGACUGCACAAAGCUCAAGUGCUUUUUCGAUACCGAGCCACCGUCGCCGAAUCUGUACCAGCUCAACGGCGCAGCGACGCUGAAUCCGGCGAGCAAAGUCAUCCCCAUCACUAUCAACUCGACGAUGCUCCGUGGCUGUGUCCUCCGCAAUACUCAGUGGCUCGUCGGCAUGGUGGUCUUCACCGGAGCCGAGUCCAAGAUAAUGAUGAAUUCAGGCGACACACCAUCGAAGCGGAGCCGCAUUGACAUCCAGAUGAACGUUCAGGUUCUGCUCAAUUUCCUGGUCUUGGUGGCCAUGUGCACCAUAUGCGGCAUCAUUCAAGGUGUCUAUGCCGGGUCCUUCAUUUUCGAGGAUGCGCCCUUUGCCCCCGAGGGAGGAAAAGACACUCUAUCGAGCUCGCCAGCCUUCUCGGCCUUCUUGACUUUCUUCAACUGCAUGAUCAUGUUCCAGAAUAUCAUUCCAAUCGCUCUCUACAUCAGUAUUGACAUUGCCAAGAGCGUGCAGUCACUCUUUAUCAAUUUUGACGAAGACAUGUAUGACCCCGAGUCCGACAAGUCGGUCGUGCCGCAGUGCUGGAACCUAUGCGAUGACCUUGGACAAAUCGAAUAUAUCUUCUCGGACAAGACCGGCACGUUGACAUGCAACGUCAUGGAGUUUCGCAAGUGCAGCAUCAACGGUCUCAGCUACGGAUGCGUCUUUACGGAUGCUAUGGAGGGCGCCGCCGCGCAGCACGAGUCACCGGCCGCGAUCGCCGCAAUGAAGAAGGAGCAGGAAGAAGUGAGGAAGCGGACCGAGGAGAACAUGAGGCGCAAGAUGGAGGCAAUGUUCGACACCAAGUACAUCUCGCCCAAGCUCAGUUUCGUGGACGAAGACAUCUUUGCCGACUUGGAGGAAAACGACGUUCAGGCCGUCAAGAUCCGCGAGUUCUUUACGCUCCUUGCGGUGUGCCACACCGUCCUAGCCGAGAAGCUGCGCGACGGAGGGAUCAAGUACAACGCACAGUCACCCGACGAGGCGGCGCUGGUUUCGGCCGCAAAGGACAUGGGAUUCACGUUCCUGAACAGAGUCGAGAACCAAGUCGAGGUCAAUUUGCUGGGCGAGUCCCGCAUCUACACUGUCCUCCACAUCCUCGAGUUCAACUCGGAUCGCAAGAGAAUGUCGGUGAUUGUGCAGCGGCCCGAGGGCGAGCUCGUGCUGCUGUGCAAGGGCGCCGACAGCAUCAUCUACGAGCGACUGUCGUCCGCGGUCGAUCCAGAGCUUAAAGAAAUCACAUCGGUGCAUCUGGAACAGUUUGCCAGCGACGGACUCAGAACCCUCUGUCUCGCAUACCGGAUCAUACCCGAGCACAUCUAUCGCCCGUGGGCGGCGCGGUUUGCGCAAGCACAGGCCCUGAUCGUCAACCGUGACCAAGAGGUGGACUUGAUCAGCGCCGAAAUCGAAAAGGACAUGGUUCUCAUGGGAGCGACAGCGAUCGAGGACCGACUGCAAGAUGGAGUCCCGGACUGCAUAGCUACCCUAGCUAUGGCUGGCAUCAAAAUCUGGGUUCUGACGGGCGACAAGAUGGAGACUGCGAUCAACAUUGGAUUCUCGUGCAACCUUCUCAAAAAAUCAAUGACCCUUAUCGCCAUCCGGGCGCACACGAUGGAAAGCACGUACAACCAGCUGCUCGAGGCUCUGCAGACCUUCUGGGCCCCCGAUGGGUCGAUCAUCCAGGGCGAGUCACAUGCCCUCGUCAUCGACGGCGAGUCUCUGCGAUAUGCCCUGAGUCCCCAAUGUCGCUCGUAUUUGCUGGAGCUAGGUUGCCGCUGCUGUGCGGUCGUUUGCUGCCGCGUCAGUCCUCUCCAGAAAGCCAAGGUGGUUUCGCUCGUGCGAACAGGACUGGGGGCCAUGUGUCUUGCCAUCGGAGACGGCGCAAACGACGUCAGCAUGAUCCAGGAGGCCGAUAUCGGCAUCGGCAUCAGUGGCAAGGAAGGAUUACAGGCAGUCAUGGCGAGCGACUAUGCAAUCGCCCAGUUUCGGUUUCUGUCGCGGCUGCUACUGGUGCAUGGCGGGUGGGCAUACGUCCGAACCUCUGAGAUGGCCUUUCAGUACUUUUACAAGAACGUCGUCUGGCUUUUCAUCUUGUUUUGGUACCAGUUUGACUGCGGAUUCACUGCCGACUACAUCACAAACUUUACUGUCGGCAUGUUCUUCAACACGUUCUUCACGGUGCUGCCAAACAUGUUCCUCGGGAUCUUUGACCAAGACGUCAACGAUGCUCUGGCAAUGCAGGUGCCACAACUCUACGGGAAGGGAAUCCGUCAGUCGCUCUACACCAUGGAGCGUUUCUGGAGCUACAUAUUCGAUGGCGCCUACCAGUCGAUUGUGUGCUACUAUUUUGUUGUUCUACUGUACUUUGACGCCACAAACAACUCCGAGGGCUACGUCGGCGACCAUGACUCGAUGGGGAGCAUCAUGGGUGUGGCUGCGGUGAUCAUCACCAACAUCUACAUCGGCCUCAGCACUUUCGGUUGGACCUUUGUCACCUUUCUCGGCUUGCUGGGCUCACUCGGGAUAUUCUUGGUGUACGCGCUCAUGGACACCACGAACCCCGACAGCACGUCAUUUGGGCAGCUGCAGUACUUGUGGUGCCAGCUCAACUUCUAUGCCAUCCUGGUUCUGAUGGUCACAACGGCGUUGCUGCCCCGGAUCACAUUCAAGUUCAUUCAGCAGCUAUUCUGGCCUUCGGAUACCGACAUCGUGCAGGAAAUCCAGGCGUAUCUAUGGAAACGCGGCGACGUCGUUGAUUUGGACAUCGAAGCUCGGUAUGCUGACGGCGCAGAGGUCGACGAUGUUGUGUCAGAUGAGCAGCUUGCCAAGAUCACGGAGAGCUCGGCAGGGCUUUUGGAGACGCUAGCACGGAAGACUGCCAAAGAAAAGGCCGUCAAGGACAAGGCCGUCGAGGAGCCGCAGCCAGCGGGUGGAGAAGCAUACAGAGAAGGAAGCGAGCCGUCGAUGCGCAAGGAGGUCUCGUCGGCCACAGGAAUUCAAAGUCGAGCAGCAAGCGAUGGCGUGAUGUCACGCAGGACGUCCUCGCUGGUCAAAGACUCGACGAGCAUCCAGAAAGACCUGGCGGCUCUGGCCAAAGAGCCCUCGAGCAUGAUCAAGGAGUCGUCUGGCAUCAUGCGGGAUCCAUCGGGCGUCAUCAAAGAGACAUCCGGUGCCAUCAAAGUGCCGUUCGGUGCGCCGGAAGCCCUGGCCGCUUUGGACGAUUCCGUCGCGCCCAAAGAAGCGGCUCUUGGACCAGAGGCCGCACGCAUAUCCAAGCUCUCUGCUGAAAUGCCCCAGCCGAUUACAAAUACGGCCAUCGGAGAGUCUAUCAGCUCGCCGAGCGCCAAGCAUAAGGGGCCGGCACCGCUCACUUUGCUUCAGACCAAAAGAUCGCAGUUUGUCAAAUCCGACUCGACGCCGUCGAACCUUACGCCAUUUGGACAGAGUCAACCCAGCGCCACGACGCCGACACCGCUGAGAACCCCCGAUGGGUUUGCAUCCACCCUGGAGCUGAGUUCGCCAAUGGUGAACAAGAGCGUGAUGGGCAUCAACAUCCAGACGGACUCGCUCGCUCGGUCCGUCUCGAUCUCGAACAAGUCGCCGCGGAACCGAGCCGAUCUGGCCGGAACACCGCGGGCGACCGGUGCGUCCAAAAAGAAACUCGCUAUCUCGACCAUGUCCAUCAACAAGCUCGACAAGCAAAUGAAGGCAUCCUCCAUCGUGUUCAUGGGCACCGACGGGCUGACGGAGACGCCCCAUACGGGCUUUUGCUUCUCGCACGAGGGAGGCAUGACCAGCGUCAUCACGCCGAUCAGCGGGACCAAACCCAGCUUUGGCAAUAGCGAAAUGGCCACACCAAUGCCCUCGAGCGGAUUUCGGCCGCCGCUGCCGCCCUAUAUCGCAAGCUCAGCGACAACACCGAUGAUUGCCAGCCCCCUCAAGCAAAACUCGUUUGGGGCAGUUGGAUACCGGGAGGCCCGGAUCUCGGACUACUCCGGACGAAGCUCGGAGGUGGCCCAGGAGUCGGAUGCGGGGGUUGACUUGGCGUCGUCCUACAAGCGAUCGAAUCUUCGCAGCUCGGUGCAUACCGAGAUGAUCGUCGAAGCUCCGGCGCUCCACGAAAUCGACUCGGAGAGCGAUCUGACACCGGAGCAGGCCAUCCGGCCUGAGAAAGUGGCUGGAGACGCGAGCGAGCAGCCAGCGACUCAGGAACAGAAAUGAUGGGGGAGGGAGGUGCUGAUAGGACAGGCACAAUGCCGGCCGAGCGGCCGCCGGAGCGAAAGUAGCCAACACGCGAUAUGGAUUCAGCUGAGACGCCGCAGUGGUGGUUGUGGUGGUUGUGCUGGUGGUGCUGGUGGUGCUGGUGG